AUGGUCAUUGAGGGGACAGAACAUUCUAAUAUAGACUUUUUGGCCAUGAGAAGUGAUAUUUUCUCAUUAGAAAAAGAUUUAUAUAAACUAAAAUGGGUACAAUAUGAGAAGUUUCAUUUAGAAGCAUGUUUAACAGAACGUGUUAUACCUCGAGGUUUAAGAGUGCUCAAAAUGCCUGCACAGCCUGAGUGUGACUCCAUAUUGCUAAGUGAAUGGCAACAACUAAAUAUAAACACUAGCUUGGGGUAUUUAAAGCUGCUAGUAGCGGCGGCAGAGAGAGAAAUGAUAAAAAUUAAUGGCAGUAUAAAGAAAAAAUAUACUGACAUAUGUAAAACUUAUACUACAGAAGCACUGUUUAAACCUAUGACUGAUAUGGUUGAGAAUCUGACAGUAUAUACCAGAAAGCUUCUACAAAUUAAAUUAAAGAAGCUUUGUAGAGAUCGGAAGGACUUCUCAUUGGGCCAUAUCUUCACUUGGCCACGAGAUAUAAAUGACCAUAAUAGUAUGGCAGCUAAUAUUGAUUCAAGGCCCCAACAAGUAAAUGAGAGAAUUCAGUUUGUACAAAAUUCGACUUCUAGCAAAAUACCGAUUGGUCAAGUGGAAGCAGAUGGGCGUGGUCAUGAUGACGAGCGUGGUUGUGAUGACGAUAGAGCAAACGCCUUGAAGUCUGAUGUUUUGAAUGCACUGGUGACAUCUAACCUUGGAGCAAGGAAGAAGACGUUUCAAGGAGAGAUCUCUGAGCAGGAAUGGGAGAGGCAGACCGCGACAACAACAGAGGGGGAAAAGUAUAGUGAGAAACAAGAGAAAACUCGACGAAGGUCCGGUGAGUCCAUUUACAAUAAAAAAGGCCUUCCAACAAGUAAGACAUUAAUUGUAAAUUUAUCAGAUUAUGGUUUAACACAUUCUGAAUCAAACAUGUUAGAAAAGGGGUUAUCUUUUAUACCAGCUAUGGACAUGAACAUCACUGAUAUUAUUUUUGAUUUGAAACUGUUUACCCGUAACUUGACUUUGAAAACAUUAUUUGGUAAUGAGCAGAAAGAGUCUGAUGCUACAUUCAGGAAACCGAGUCUUUUUGUACCAAAACAAAAUGCUUUAAUCAAUGCAUUUGAGCAAACUUGUAUUUCUGAUAUGUAUAAAAUGUAUUAUGAGCGGAGACAACUUAAGGAAAGUGGCAAAUGGCAUAAUUUAAGUAAAGAAGAAUUUAAAGCUAUGCAUGAUUUAGAGAGUAAUAACCAGAUAACUAUUAGGCCAGCAGACAAGGGAGGGCAAAUGGUGGUUAUGAAUAGAGUUGACUACAAUAGUUUGAUGCUAGAUAUGCCGGAUAAUACUGACUUCUAUCAAAAAAUUACAUUCAUACAAAGUAAAAAUAUGAUAUCAAGGGUAGAAAAAGAAAUUAGACACCUUGAUCUAGAGCUUUGUGAUAAUAAUAUGGUCAAAUAUUUAGUAGUUUCAGACCCAACUAUUCCAAAGAUUCAGGGGUUGCCUAAACUCCAUAAAAAUUCCAUCAGACCCCUAAUGAGACAAAAAGUAGCCGGAAAAAAUUGGUGUACUGAACCGGCUUCAAUAUUCAUUGAGAAAAAUUUGAAGGCCCUGAUAUACAAAUCAAAGUAUAUCUUGAAAAAUACAGAACAUUUUCUCAGAGAUUUAUAUGAAUUUACUAAUGAAACAAAUGUAUCAGAACAGUACUUUUUUGUUACAUUAGAUGUAGUACCGCUGUUUACAGUUCUACCAUAUCCAGUUGGAAACACAGACAAUCUUGUCUUGGAAGAGGAGAGUUCUUCAAAUGGAAAUGGAAGAUUUAUGAAGUUUUGUGGCCAAAGCCGAAGGGACGCCACAAAGCAGAGUACCCUUCUCUCUACCAGGAAAAUAAACAUUGGCACAUGGAAUGUCAGGACCAUGUAUGAGCUAAGCAAGGCAGCCCAAGUGGCAGCAGAAAUGAGAAAUAACAACUUGAGUUUGUUGGGAAUCAGCGAGACAAGGUGGACAGGGGCUGGUCAGUGUCGAUUAUCUACAGGAGAGUUGUUGCUUUAUUCUGGACAUGAGGACAGUGAAGCACUUCACUCCCAAGGGGUUGGUCUUAUGUUGGCCAAACAGGCCCAGAGAGCCCUGAUUGGAUGGGAAGCACAUGGCCCUAGGAUCAUCACAGCUUCAUUCCGUACAAAGAAGAAGACAAUUGUAAUGAAUGUGGUCCAGUGCUACGCACCAACUAAUGACAGUGAAGAGGAAGAUAAAGAUCAGUUUUAUGAAAGACUGCAGCAGAUCCUUGAACCUACAGACAAAGACCUUACUAUCCUUAUGGGCGAUAUAAAUGCCAAGGUCGGAUCCAGUAACAUAGGAUAUGAGCAAAUCAUGGGUACACAUGCUCUGGGAACAAUCAACGAGAAUGGUGAAAGGUUUGUUGAUCUAUGUGCUCUCAACAAUUUGGUCAUUGGAGGCAGGAUUUUUCCCCACAAACGGAUACACAAAAAUACAUGGGUCUCCCCUGACUAUACAACAGAAAACCAGAUAGAUCACAUAUGCAUCUGUAGAAAGUUUAGAAGAACAUUACAAGAUGUCAGAGUGAAAAGAGGGGCAGAUGUAGCGUCUGACCAUCACUUGUUGGUGGCUAGACUGAAGCUAAAGCUUAAAAGAACCCAGGUUCAAGAGUUAUCUAGGAGAAUCAAAUACAAUAUUCAUCUAUUGAAAGAUUCUCAGAUAAAAGAACAGUUCAACAUUGCACUGAAGAACAAAUUUGAAGCGCUACAAGAACUGGUUGAGGAAGGUGGAGUAAACAGCUCAUGGCAGAAUGUGAAAAAGGCUGUAGAAUUAGCUUGUCAAGAGACACUGGGACCUUAAAAGUAUCAUCAGAAAGAGUGGAUCACUGCAGAAACACUGGUAAAGAUAGAAGACAGAAAGAGGAAGAAGGCAAAAGUAAAUAACAGUAAAACUAGAGCUUCAAAGAGCAAGGCCCAAGAAGAAUAUGCAGAUGCCCACAGAGAGGUCAAAAGAUGCAUUAAAAUAGAUAAGAACAAUUAUGUGGAACAGUUGGCAGUUGAGGCAGAACUGGCAGCUUACAGUGGUAACACAAAAAUGUUGUAUGAUAUCACCAAGCGACUUUCAGGAAAGUACAGUAAGCCAGAGAGACCUGUUAAAGAUAAGCAAGGGAAAAUCAUCAGUAGUAUAGAACAUCAACUGAAAAGGUGGGUGGAACACUUUGAAGAACUUCUAAACAGACCGUCACCUCUAAACCCUCCAAAUAUUGAGCCAGCCAAUGAAGAUCUAUUAAUCAAUUGUGAAAAGCCGAGCAAGGAGGAGAUCAGGAAAGCCAUUAUCCAAAUGAAAAAUGGGAAAGCGGCAGGACCAGAUAACAUCUCGGCAGAGGCCCUUAAAGCAGACCUGAAUACAUCAGUGGAGAUGUUGUAUCCACUCUUUGAAAGAAUCUGGGCAGAGGAAACUGUUCCUUCAGAAUGGAAAGAGAGCCAUCUCAUUAAGCUUCCCAAGAAAGGGGACCUUAGCAAAUGCGACAACUACAGAGGCAUUAAUCUUCUAUAUCCAGGAAAAGUUUUCAACCGUAUCCUUUUGGAAAGGAUAAAGGACAUCACUGACAAAAAGCUGAGAGAAGAGCAGGCAGGCUUCCGCAAAAAUAGAUCGUGUACUGAUCAAAUUGCAACGCUCAGAAUAAUUGUGGAACAGUCAGUUGAAUGGAACUCACCAUUGUAUAUCAACUUUGUUGACUUUGAAAAGGCGUUUGAUAGCAUGGACAGAGAGACACUGUGGAGCCUUCUGAAGCACUAUGGUAUACCAACAAAAAUAGUAAAUUUGAUAAAGAACUCAUACAAUGGUCUAUCAUGCCGGGUUAUACAUGGAGGGCAGCUCUCUGAAAGCUUUCAAGUAAAAACUGGGGUCAGGCAAGGAUGCUUACUGUCACCAUUCCUCUUCCUGUUAGUUAUCAAUUGGAUUAUGAAGAAAUCUACUGCAGGACAGAAAAUUGGGAUCCAAUGGACCCUAUGGAGUCAGCUGGAAGAUCUGGACUAUGCUGAUGAUCUCGCCCUCAUCUCUCACAGCCAGCAGCAAAUGCAAAACGAGACAAAUUUGGUGGCAGUUACAGCACUAGAGGUGGGUCUUAACAUUAACAAUCUGAAGACAAAGAUCCUUAAAUUAAACUCCACAAAUACUAACCCUAUCACUCUGCAAGGGAAGCCACUGGAGGAAGUGCAGUCCUUUACCUACCUUGGCAGCAUAAUUGACAAGCAGGGCGGAUCAGAAGCUGAUGUCAGGGCAAGGAUAGGAAAAGCUAGAGCAGCCUUCAUACAGUUAAAUAGGGUCUGGAAAACAAGAGAACUAUCCUUGAUCAACAAGAUAAGGCUGUUUAACUCUAACGUGAAGUCAGUACUGCUGUAUGGGGCAGAGAGGGGGUUAAACAAGACCACCACUAAAAAACUUCAGACAUUUACAAAUAGCUGUCUCAGGAAGAUUCUACGGAUUCGAUGGCCAGACACUAUUAGCAACGCCACCCUUUUGGAAAGGACCAACCAACUUUCGAUUGGGGAAGAAGUUAAGAGGAGGAGGUGGAGAUGGAUCGGGCAUACUCUUCGCAAACCAGCAAACAAUAUUACAAGACAGGCGUUGCGCUGGAAUCCUCAGGGGAAGAGAGGAAGAGGCCGCCCACGAAACACCUGGGGGCGAGACUUUGAGGCAGAUGCUAAGCUUAGAGGCUACACAUUGAACCAAAUAGAACAGUUGGCCCAGGACAAGAUUCGGUGGAGAGCUGUAGUUGGUGGCCCAUACCCUGUUAAAGGUGAUGGGCAUAAUUCUGUGUAUACAUCUGUUCCUCUGGGCAUACUUUUGAGAAAAAAUCGCAUGCCUUUUCUGUUUGUUUGCUGCCUCCAGGUCAAUGAUACGACUUAA